AUGGCAGACACAGAAGGCAGAGACGAAGCAGGAGCUCAGACGCCGACAUCGUUCCUCUCGCUCCCUGCGGAACUUCGCAACGAGAUCUACAAACUCUCCGGCUGCCUCAGGGUUCUGCAGUGCAGCAAAUGCCUCGGAUCCGUCCGCGGCGACGACGACGACGACGACGACGACACAAGCUACUGCAAAUGCUCACCACGUCGCGAGCCGUGCGAGCCGUGCGUGUAUCUCCCAAAGGCGUACAUUUGGAUCAACCGCCGCUCCGGCGACAGACAGCUGGGUGGGGUUCGAGUGCCCAUGGGAGGCCCGCACGUCCUGGACAGCGAGUCCAUCGUCGGUAUCUCGCAGCCGGCGCUCACUCGAGUGAGCAAGCAAGUCCGCGCCGAUACACUUCCCAUGUUCUACGCUGGCGACCAACGUCUUCGCGUUCACAGCGAUCAGGCGUCAGGAGGGUCUGGGUGA